CUGUUUCACGGCAGUAUGGUGCGUCUUUGUUGAAUACGGUUAGGCAUGUGCUCGAUUGAGGGGCACCUUAUUUGAGUUUUGAUUGAAAAGAUCAGUAGUUUUAUGCACUCUCCCUGCCGCGAGUGGAUUUUGUGCAACAAUCCUGGAUUAUAGGUUUCUCUCACACACCGUUUCAGAGGAAGGACAUGGGCCGUGCAAGCCGGUGUCGCCUCCGAAGCCAGUGGCACAAACACCUCCGCCCUACAGGAUGCCCCCUUAUCCCUUGUACAACGAGCCCAGUAUCCCGGGAGCUGCCCAAUCGCAAAUAGAUCAACCAGUCGCAAGUUCCAGUCCGACCGUUCAAUCUCAGGGACAAUUACAUACCCAUUCUAGCAAAUUUCCAAUUGAACGGGAAGUUAUACUGUCCAAUGCAGAUAAAAAUUCGAAAAUUCCUAUAAUUCCGGACUGCAAGAAGCGAUCUAAGGGCGCUAUUGCUCCGGACAUUCCUCCGAAACAAAUGGCCGCCUGGACGAGUCAGACUCAGAUGUCAUCCCAGCAAAUUCUGCCGGACCAGACCCAUCCGGGAAUAAUUCAAACUAUCCAGCAAACGUCGGACACCACGUACAGGGCGGCGUUUCAUCCCACCACAGAUUACUACAACAGCGGCAACGCCGCACCUAGAGUUGGCUGGGAUUCGUCCAAAAUCGCGUCCCGCCCUUAUGCGCCGCCCCACGGUGAGGAUCAGAACCAGCAAUGUGUCUCGGUUCAAAUCGAACAGCACCAGAAGGAUACCCAACAGAAACAAGUCGCCAAUGGGGUCGCCAAGACGUACCACACCAUCAAAGACAUUAUUUCCAGUAAAUUCAGGGGCGAAAAGGACAGUUCCGACAAGAAGGAGGACGGUUCGAGUUUGAAUAACGUCGCAGAGGAGUUGAGAAGGAGCCAGGGAAAUGUCGUUGAAGAUGUUGAGAAGAAGACGGUUAACGACCAAGCCAUGUACAAUCAGCCCCCGGUACAACUUCAGUAUAAUCAGCACGUCCUGCAACAACACAUUCUUGCUCACCACGCCCAGCACUAUCAACAGCAACACCUCAGAGUUCAACAGCAAUACUCGCAACUGGCUCAAGCUAGAUCGCAAGAAAUGCUGGUAGGCCGACCAGAUGAGCAUGCGUAUUACCAAGGGUACGGGGUGACGGGAAAUCAGAGGACGCCGCAAAAGUUUUCACAGCAACACCAGCAGGGUCGAGAACAAGUGCAAAACCACCUACAAUACGUAGCUGGGAAGGACAUACCUCUCGACAGACAAUCCGCCAUCACAGCUUUUGAGAGACGAAGCGCCCAACAAUUGGAAAGGGACAACUUGCGGCAAAAAACUUUCGAAACCAGAAGAGCGGCAUCCCAGCCACAAUUGUCUUUGGAUGACGAGCACAUAAAUGAGACAAUUGUAGUUCAUGACAACAGACCGCAACCGCAGGCAGCGUCCAUUUCCACGAGGAGAGGUUCCCAUGGCAAUAUAGUGGAGACGCAGGAGGGAGGAAAGUCCAAAACGAACGACAACGAAAAGGACAGCGACGACGGUGGAUUUUUGAAAAGAACGGGCUCCAAGGAGCGUUAUCUGAGUAACGUCCCGCAGACACCGACGAAAGAGGUGACGGAAAUACUGCAGGGCACGCCGAGGAAAAAACUGGAGGUGGAAAUUGGAAAAAUCGAAGGUGUCUACAACGUAAACCAAAGGACUAAACAGGACGUGAACGAAAUCAGGGGCAGUGUUAAGAAGGGAAAUCUGCCGAGUUCCGCUGCUAGUUCGGACUAUGACAAAGCGGGAGGGGAACAUUCGUCUUCCAAUGUAGACUCAGGACGUGGGAGUGCGGCCUACAGUAGCGGUCGAGCCCGAGCUUUAUCGGAUAUCAACGGCGGCAACUCUUUGGAUUCGGGACCUUCGACUGGCGCCGGAAGACACUACAAGGAUGCCCAUGAUCAAGGUCACGAAUCGGAAUGGGUUGACAUAGUGGAAAACGAACUCAGGCAUAUUUUGGAGCCAAAACUGCACGAGCUAUCUUUGCACGGAAACAAUGCCGGGAUCGCAAACUCGACAGUGAGCGAAAGCAUAUCAUCCAUGACUCCUCCGCUGCCACCACUGUCAGCCGGUGAUAAUUCUUCGCCUACAAUGACGCCCAAAAAUAUGGGCCGUUAUAAACAUUCAAGUUUACCGUAUGGAAGCAAGCCCGAUUACGAAAGUUACAAGGGAAAAACGCACCCCAGAGAAUAUUUGGGCAGAUAUAACGGAGGUCCUCCUCAAAAGCACCGGUCGAGUAACAAAAUGGACCACCCUCUGCUGCGCGGAAAGCAAAUAUUCGGACUGGAUACCACGGACCUAACCUCGACCACCACCAGGUCCUUAGACCUGGAAUCGAUGCUUGACGGUCAAACAGAUUCGGAAGGUGACUUGAGCACCACGGACGCGAGAGCAAUUCGCAAGCAAUUGGAAGGUUUAGAGGGCAUGUACUCUGAAGUCUUAAAGCUUCUCAGUGCCAAUAAAAAACACGGAAGGUACCAGCCGUCCGAUCCUAAACUGAGCAAGAGAAGGUACGGAAGUAUGUCUUCGCUGCCAUCAUCAUCGGUGAGCAGCAGGGUCGCAGUUCGAGAUAGAAGAGGGAUUCGAGGCAACGCAGCGGAAGAACGCAAGAAGGUUAGAGAUCUGAGGGGAAUCAAUCGAAGAUUUCAGAGGCUAGAGGCUCACGUGGUCACGUUAGCCCGCAGUGUAGCCCACUUGUCUUCCGAAAUGCGCACCCAACACUUAAUGAUCCAGGAGAUGGAAACGAUAAGACAAGAAAUCGCAACGCUAAGAACUCAGACGAAUAUGCUCAACAUCCGAUCGCAAUCGACAUCAAGGGCAGUGAGCAGCAGAGACCUGCCGACGUUGGCCAAUCCGACCAGAGUAAAGAAAUUGACGAAGUUUUUUGGAGACGAGCCGCCACUACUUAGAUUAUUUUUGAGAAAACUGGGAUACGAAAAAUACGCAAACGUGUUUGAGACGGAACGCGUGGGAAUGGUGGAAUUGCCGUAUUUGAGCGAAGAGCGACUCCAGAAGAUGGGAGUUCCUCUGGGACCACGGUUAAGGAUUAUGCAGGAAGCUCAAAUCUCGGUCUGCAAGGAUAAUACUUUGUGUAUCGUAUAGAAAUGGUGCUACCGAUUAUUUAGGAGGUAGGCAAUGUUGUCGAUAUUUCUUGGUGGAUGGCGGCUCAUCAAAACAUACCUUGGUCAUGUGGGUAAGGCUUUGUUUACUUAACCUUCGUCGUACCGCGGUCAAAAAGUUACGCGGAACACCAUGUGGGGUACAAUUGUACCCCACUUUAAUUCAACAAAAUAAACAAUUCUCAAAAAUUAAAAAAAAAAGUUAGACGAAUUCCUCUACUCAUAUUAAUUCUUACGUUUUUUCAUACACAAUCUGCAAAUUAUCUGUUUUACACUAUGGUCAGUGCAUGUAAAUUUUUUGCAGUCGCGACAUUGUUGCUUGGACUUGCGAUCUUUCUUUCUAUUGCACAAAUAAUAUCGUCCAGAAACAGGUCGUUCAGGUUCUUCGGAAUGGAUAUCAUGGUGCUUUUCCAUUUCUGGCACAUAUAAUUUGACACUGUUGAGAAUUCUUGGUUCUGUUUUAAAUCUUCUUAUGGCGUUUUCCAUAAUCAAUGACUCUCCUAAGUCCAAAAGAAAUUUUCUUGUGCUCUCUUUGCUCUUUGAUUUUUCGUCUGGAAAUUUUGCACUCCAUAAAAUAAAUGCGUUUAGUGCCGCGACGUCUAAUAGCUGUCCAAAAAUUGCCAUCGGCCAUCUAUUACUAAUUCGACGAGCUGAAUAUUCUUUUACCAUUUUAUGGGUAGUGUCUACAGCACCUUUUGUUUUAUUAUAAUCAAGUAUUAUGUCAGACUUGUACUUCACAUUUUCUCCCGCAACAGAAUCAUCAUGAUGCUCCGUAGACUACAUAAGAAUGCUAGGCACAUAGGACACAAUUGUAUGUUGUUUCCGAAAACCAAAGGUUGACGAAAAAAUGGGUUUAUAAGGUUUUGGCAAGAGUUCUUCGGGAAUAUAUGAUUUAUUCUUUCGUAAUGUUCCGCAAAGAGGGACAUAGUAUAGAAAUUAUCUGUGGUUAUGCCAUACCCGGUUCCUAGAUCUCCGACAAGAUUUAAGACGUCUCUUUCGCCUUGAUUCUUUUCUGCUGCAUUAUUAAUUUUUCCCAAGUAUAGUUGCAUAUUUAUAGUAUAUGAAUUUUCACUAUCUGCUGCCGCCCAAAUUUUCAGACCUCAUUUAUCUCUAAAUCCAACUAGUUGCUCAUCUACUGUAAUAUGGCUUUCGGGAUUAUAACACUUUUUGAAAUUAACCAAAACUUCUCUUACCGAUGCAAGCUUAUCAGUUUUCUUUCUGACUUCCCUUGUUUUUGGAUCGUCAAAACGAAAAAAACUCGUCAAGAAUUAAAAACUUGAGCGAGACAUAGUUGCAUAGACAUAACUGGUCUAGUGUAACCUCUCUUGGUACACCACAACAUUACUAUCGGUUAUUUUGAAGCUUGAAGGGCACCUAAGAUCAAAAUGAGGCCAAUGUAUGCCUUUAUUUGAACAGCAUCUGUUGGUUUCCAUAUUCUUUGUAGAGGUUGUGUUUGAUUUGGGUGUUUUUCAUUCCAAAGUUUGUAAGUCUGAAAAAUUUUACAGGGAUAGGUAUUAUUAUUAUAAUCGUUAGUAUGCCGGACAAUUAUUUCUAUAAUUUCGUCUAUCUGAAACAGUCUAAAUGAAUCACGUUUUGAAGCAAUAUUGAUACUAUGUUGAUUUAGUCCAGGCUUUUUCCUAAUUAUAUUUGCAACUGUUCGUCGUUUUUGUCUAAGUGGCAUUUUAUACCAUUUUGUGGUAUCUUUGGUUCGCUAAAAUAGUCUACCUUCUUCUAGGAUUUCUUCAUUAUCGUCAGUCUCUAUUACACUGCUCACUGUCAUUUUCUUCUUCUAUAACCACAUUUUCAGGCACUAUUUCACUCAUUAGAGCACAACCGUUAUUUAUUCCUUCUAUUAUAUCAUCUUCAGAAUCUAUCAUUUCCAGAACAUCAUCACUAUCUACUUCACUAUCACACAGUUCUAUUUCAGCGUGAUCGAGAUCGUCAUUCAGUAAUUGAUCUAACUCUAAAUCGGUUAAUUUAUUUGGAUUGCGAAUAUUUAUUUUAUCAGGCAUUGUGUAACAUUUCACGCUAGCGUUAUGAUUUAAAAAAUCAAAAAUGUCUGACACCAGCUGAUGUUUACUGUAUUGCGCAUAACCGUGAAUAAUCAAAAUGAGUAUCUUGGCAUACCAUACGGGGAACAAGUGUACCCCACAUUAAAAAAAAUUUGUUUUUGACUUUUUUGAUGCACGUGAUAACUAAAAUAUACAGAAAAUGAAUCUGUAAAUACUAAAUGACAAUAAAUAAAAUUGCGGAACACUUGUGUAAAGUUUCUAAAAAGAUAUAAGAAAAAUUGAAUACUGUACGACGAAGGUUAAAAUCGAAACAGAAAGUAAAUAACAAAAAUAAACUUUGCCUAAUACAGAAAAGAUAAAAAAUUGUAAAUAUCAUGAAUGUAAAUAAAAGACAAUUUAUAUUUCGCCUUUAAAUACCAAAGAUAGAUUCUUUGUAAUGUUCAAAAAUUAUAUGUAUCUUAUGUAAUUUUAUAUUUUUAAUAAAAAAAAUAAUGA